AUGACUCGACACUUUGACAGUGAUCAGCCAGUGGCCCCCAUCUUGAUGGCACCGUGGGCCUUUGUCGAAAAUGCGCAGAUCAUGGCGCUUCUUCUAGAUUCGAUUCUAGAAGCACCCCAGGGUACGCCGUCUCUGUUUAUUGAUUUGGAGGGAGAAGAUCUGGGAAGAAAUGGCACGAUAUGUAUAAUGCAGAUCUUCGACGCAGCAAAAGGUUUCACAUGGUUGGUGGAUAUAUGUACGCUGGGACGAGAGGCCUUUGACACCAAGGCCAACUGUUCUCAAAUUUCACUCCGCGAUAUCCUCGAAUGCGCUAUCAUUCCAAAGGUCUUUUAUGACGUGCGAAACGAUUCAGACGCCCUGUUUGCACAUUUCGGCAUUGCCCUCCAGGGUAUACAAGAUCUCCAGUACAUGGAGGUUGCAACAAGGAAGCAGUGGGAGGAUAACGAAAGACUUCGUUCAUUAACUGGCUGCAUUCAAGAGCACCUGGACCUCAACGAGCAGGAAAGGAAAGGGGUCAUUGACACAAAGGCGAUGGGACGUAGGCUAUUCUCCCCACGUGAGGGCGGAAGCUACGCCGUUUUCAAGGAGAGGCCAUUAAGGAAGGAGGUUUUAGAGUACUGCGUCUCAGACGUCAAGUACAUGGCAGCCCUCUGGCGCCACUAUAGUCAGGGCAUGGAUGAGAAAACGUGGAGGAGAGUGUUGACUGGAUCCUGCCAGCGGGUGGCCGAAUCACAGUCAAAAUUCUUUUCCCCAAGCGGGUAUGGAAAAAACCUUAUCGUCGAAGGUUGGGGGCUCCAAGAAGGCGAUGACAGCUACGUCUCCUUGAGUGGCUCUGCAGCCACUCAAGUCCCUGUGGCUCCAGUGGCAACGACGACGACUCCCCAGCCUAACGCUAUGGAGAUUACCGUUAUCGUCAUUCCAACCAGCUCUUUGACUGUCACGCCCACCUAUGCCGCCGGUAGCGGAGUUGCCAGCGGCUCCCAUGCCGGUCCCCAGACUGUUGUCGUGACCAUUCCUGCUGACAACGGCGAGGCCGCCACCAUUACUGUUACCGUUACAGGUGCCGGACCGGGAGCCGAGACGGUUACUGUCACGGCUGGCAGAGCCGGUGCUGAAACCGUCACUGUUACAACUGGCGACAACGGCUCAUCUUUCUUCAAGGGAGCUCACAGCGGAGCAGCUUCAUCGUCCCUGUCGGCCAGACAAGUCAUGGAAAAUGAUGACAGUACGGCUAAUGCAGAGAGCCGGUCGUGGGCCAACGGUGAAGGCUGGGGGGCUGAGGACAGGAGCUGUCUGGCCCAAGACCACGAGUGGUCCGACAAUGGCGGUGAUCGCGAGGCUGAAGCUAGUGUUGUCUGGUCGCCAUUCGAAGGAUGUUCGCCCGAGUGGUUUGAGAGGGUUAGUUUAAUAGUUUGGUGA